AUGGACUACGAAGCGUUGAAGGAUCAAUGGAGCGAUGUCGAAGACCGUGAUGGCAUCAGGCUCAGCUGGAACACGUUUCCUAGCACUCGCAUGGAAGCGUCCCGACUUGUUGUCCCUAUUGCCGCUGUUUACACUCCCCUGAAGGAGAAGCCCGAUUCGCCGUUACUACAAUAUGAGCCGGUAACUUGCAAAGCACCCUGUCGGGCUGUCCUGAACCCCUACGCCAACGUCGAUGUUCGGGCCCGGAUCUGGAUUUGCCCUUUCUGCCUCAUGCGCAAUCCCCUUCCCCCUCACUAUAAGGACAUCACUGAGAAUGCGAUACCCCCGGAACUGCACCCUCAGAGCACGACAAUCGAAUACCAAUUGGCGCGCCCCGCUCCCGCUCCCCCUAUCUUUGUCUACGUCGUCGAUACUUGUCAAGAGGAAGACAGUCUGAAGGCUUUGAAGGAUACUCUGAUUCUGAGCUUGUCUUUGCUGCCGCCGAAUGCUCUGGUUGGAUUGAUCACUUAUGGCACAAUGGCCCAAGUUCACGAGCUUGGAUAUACUGAAUGUGCGAAGUCGUACGUUUUCAGAGGCAGCAAGGAGUAUGCGGCGAAGCAGGUCCAGGAGAUGCUCGGACUCCUCGCCGCUGGACCUCGUCCAAACAUGCCGCAGCAACCAGCUCGCCCGCCUGUUGGUCCCGCUGCGCGCUUCCUGCUACCCGUUCAGCAAGCCGAGUUCCAGAUCACCAAUGUCCUCGAACAGCUGCAGCGUGAUCCUUGGCCCGUUGCCAACGACAAGCGACCCCUCAGAUGCACUGGUGUGGCUCUGAGUGUUGCUGUUGGCCUGCUCGAGACAUCCUUCCAGAACGCUGGUGGGCGCAUUAUGGUUUUCACCAGCGGUCCCGCUACGGAAGGCCCCGGUCACGUCGUUGGACCUGAGCUGAAGGAGCCAAUGCGUUCCCACCACGAUAUCGACCGGGAUAAUAUCAAGUACUACAAGAAGGCUGUCAAGUUCUACGACGCCCUGGCCAAGCGCGCGGCUAACAACGGACAUGUUGUCGACAUUUUUGCCGGCUGCCUUGACCAAGUCGGUCUUCUGGAAAUGAAGAACCUGGCCAACUUCACUGGAGGUCAUAUGCUCCUUACAGACAGCUUCACGUCGUCACAGUUCAAGCAGUCGUUUGUUCGGGUUUUCGAUAAGGACGCCAACGAUAACCUCCUCAUGGGCUUCAACGCCUCUCUUGAAGUCCUGACCACAAAGGAGCUCAAGGUCACUGGACUUAUCGGUCAUGCAGUUUCUCUGAACAAAAAGUCAAGUUCGGUCGGAGAAACAGAGUGCGGUAUUGGCAACACCUGUGCCUGGAAAAUGUGCGGCAUUGAUCCGUCCUCAAGUUACGGCGUGUACUUCGAGAUUGCCAACCAGGGCGGUCCUGCAGCCGUGCAACCAGGCCCUCAGCGGGGUAUGAUGCAAUUCUUGACCUACUACCAGCACGCUUCUGGUCAUUAUCAUCUCCGAGUCACAACUGUUGCACGCCCCUUGAGUGGCCCAACCGGUGACCCGACUCUCGCACAGUCCUUUGAUCAGGAGGCUGCUGCCGUGCUGAUGGCACGUAUUGCUGUCUACAAGGCAGAUGUCGACGAUGGACCAGACGUUAUCAGAUGGGUUGAUCGCAUGCUCAUCAGACUCUGCUCUCGCUUCGCGGACUACCGGAAGGAUGACCCAACCUCGUUCCGCCUGGAAAAGAACUUCACGCUUUAUCCCCAAUUCAUGUUCCACCUCCGUCGCAGCCAGUUCUUGCAGGUGUUCAACAACUCGCCUGACGAGACAGCUUUCUACAGACACGUCCUCAACCAUGAAGAUGUUGGCGACGCCCUUGUAAUGAUUCAGCCCACGCUGGAUUCGUAUUCUCUGGAACAUGAGGGAAGCCAGCCUGUUCUUCUCGACUCGGCUUCAAUCCAGCCCACUCACAUCCUUCUCCUCGACACUUUCUUCCAUAUCCUAAUUUUCCACGGAGAGACCAUUGCCGAAUGGAGGAAAGCAGGCUAUCAGGAUCAGGAAGGUUAUGAAAACCUGAAGGCUCUCUUGGAGCAGCCUAAGGAGGAUGCUAGGGAAUUGAUCGCUGACCGUUUCCCACUGCCUCGUUUCAUCGUCUGUGACGCCGGCGGAUCUCAAGCGCGUUUCCUCUUGUCCAAGUUGAACCCCUCUACUACACAUACGACAGGAGGUUACGGUGGAGGCGUGACGUCGCAGACUAUCUUCACUGAUGAUGUCUCGUUGCAGACGUUCAUGGAUCAUUUGAUGAAGUAUGCUAUCCCAACAUGUUUUACAAUUGUCAUGAAUGAUGCUAACCCACCAAUCUAG